AGGUAUUUGUAGCUCGCCUCAGGUCAGCACGUCCAGAGUUUCAUCCUCAGCUCCACUAGGAACUCGUCUCUCUAAACACUGAUGGCUGAUGAGAAGAUGGAGAUGGCUGAAGCCGGAGCGUCUCUCAUGUCCUCAGAGUCCUCCAAGUCCUCCAAGCCUCCUGCAGCCAGGCCUCCCAACAGGUUCGAGAGGCUGUUCCAGCCGUGUGUGGGCGAGCUGGUGGGAACUACUUUCUUCGUGUUCAUCGGCUGUGUGUCGGUGAUAGAGAACGUGGAGGCAGCAGGCAGGCUGCAGCCGGCGCUGGUGCACGGCCUCGCUGUAGCCGUCAUGGUGGCCUGCAUGGCCGAGAUCAGUGGAUCCCACUUCAACCCCCCGUUCACCCUUGCCAUCUACCUGUGUGGAGGGAUGGAGCUGAACAUGGUGGCUCCCUAUCUGGCCUCUCAGCUGCUGGGAGGGGUUCUUGGAGCUGCUAUGGCCAAGUUGAUGACGUCGAGGGAGAACUUCUCCAAGGCCCAGGGAGCAGCGUUCGCCCUGCUGACGUCAGACAGCGACGUAGGAGGAGCAGUCUUUGGGGAGGUGGCCAUGACCUGCCUGGUCACCAUGGUGGUGCUGCUGGGGGCCGUCAACACCUCCACCAGGAGCCCCAUGGUGCCCUUCCUGGUGGGAUGCACCGUUAUCAUCAACAUCCUGGCUGGUGGAGAUGUAUCUGGAACGUGUCUGAAUCCAGCCAGAGCCUUCGGUCCCGCCAUAGUCAGCAACUACUGGGUCUACCACUGGGUUUACUGGGUGGGACCCAUCGCUGGAGGUCUGCUAGCAGCCGCUCUGGUUCGACUUCUCCUUGGAGACAGGAAGAUGCGUCUCAUUCUGAAAUAAGACGGAAUAAAUAAUG